CGCCAUUCGUUCGUUUUCCAACACUGUGAUUGCAAUCGAUAGCUGCAGGUCUAUGCGAGAAGAAGAAGAAGAAGCAGCAGAAAAGGCGACCCGGACACCCGCCGCGCCUCAGACACCUCGCCACAGUCGCUGCCCGCGAAAAAGAACGCCUGCUCGAUCGCCGUUCAAUCAAUAUUGAAAGUCUUAAUUCGCACCAACUGAAAACUUUACAUCUGGGACAAGUGGCAGCUGCUGGGCGAGCUAAACCUCCACCUCCACUAACAUGUCUUCUUCAGCCAUUUUCGUGCUGGACGUGAAGGGCAAGGUGUUGAUAUCGCGCAACUACCGCGGCGACAACAUCGACAUGGCCGUCAUCGACAAGUUUAUGCCACUGCUUAUGGAGCGGGAGGAGGAGGGCCUGAUCACCCCAAUCCUUCAGACGGCGGAGACAACUUUUGCCUACAUUAAAACCAAUAACCUUUACAUCGUUUCAACCACACCGCGUAACAAGAACGUCAACAUCGCCCUCGUGUUCGUAUUCUUGCACAAGAUCGCCCAAGUUUUUGUAGAGUAUUUUAAGGAGCUGGAGGAGGAAUCCAUUAGGGACAACUUUGUGAUCAUUUACGAACUGUUAGAUGAGCUUCUGGACUUUGGGUACCCGCAGACAACCGAUUCGAAGAUCUUGCAAGAGUACAUUACACAGGAAGGCCACAAGUUGGAGCUGCAGCCACGCAUUCCGGUUGCAGUGACUAAUGCAGUGUCUUGGCGAUCCGAGGGCAUUAAGUACCGCAAAAAUGAGGUCUUUCUUGACGUAAUUGAGUCGGUGAACUUGCUGGCUAAUGCCAACGGAAAUGUUCUUCGAAGCGAAAUUGUGGGCGCUAUAAAAAUGCGCGUUUAUCUUUCGGGCAUGCCUGAGCUGCGCCUAGGUCUCAAUGACAAAGUCCUAUUCGAGAGCACGGGGCGAGGCAAAUCCAAGUCCGUAGAGCUCGAGGAUGUCAAGUUCCAUCAGUGUGUACGCUUGUCUCGCUUUGAGAACGAUCGGACGAUCUCGUUCAUUCCCCCGGACGGUGAAUUCGAGCUAAUGUCGUACCGCCUUAACACGCACGUUAAACCCCUUAUAUGGAUUGAGUCGGUAAUAGAGAGACAUGCCCACUCCCGCGUGGAGUACAUGAUAAAGGCGAAGUCACAGUUUAAGCGGCGAUCGACGGCCAAUAACGUCGAGAUAGUUAUCCCAGUACCUGCUGACGCUGACUCACCGAAAUUCAAAACGACCAUCGGGAGCUGCAAGUACGCGCCCGAACAGAACGCCAUUAUCUGGACGAUUAAGUCGUUCCCAGGCGGCAAGGAAUACUUAAUGCGUGCCCACUUCGGUUUGCCGAGCGUGGAGAGUGAAGACAAUACAGAGGGCAAGCCGCCUAUUCAGGUGCGCUUUGAAAUUCCUUAUUUCACUACGUCAGGAAUCCAAGUACGAUAUUUGAAAAUUAUCGAAAAGAGCGGAUACCAGGCACUGCCAUGGGUGCGGUAUAUCACGCAGAACGGCGACUACCAGUUGCGCACCAAUUAAGCUCCAGAGCCCUACCGCAGCAUCAUUCCAGCCAAGCUUCAGUGAGCGGCUCCUGUAACAGGCAGCUUCUCAUACCCCUGCGUUAUGUUUUGCGAUGCAUUGCGUUAAGUCAAAAGUAUAUUUGUAUUUGUAUUGUUUCAGUAUAUGUAUAUUGUAUGUAAAUCAAAGCUAAUAAAUUUUAACACCUUUUCAUAACA